GAGGAGUUGUGCUGGAAGAGCAGCUCCUGAAACUCUUCCUGCUGCAGACUCGCCGGCAGGGUAGAUAUGAAGACCUGAACCCCUGAGCUUACCAUCAUCACACUGAAGCAAGAUUUGGCACAUUAAAAAGAUGUCUGUCAGCAACCACGAGAACCGCAAGUCCCGUUCCAGCACGGGCUCUAUGAAUAUCCACCUGUUUCACAAGCCUGGUCAUGCGGAUAGCCUCCUCACACAGCUAAACCUGCUACGCAAGCGCAACCUCUUCACAGAUGUAGUAUUGUUGGCAGGAAACCGCAGCUUUCCUUGUCACAAGGCUGUGUUGGCUUCCAGCAGCAGAUAUUUUGAGGCCAUGUUUAGUGUUGGACUAAAGGAAAGCCAAGAUCGGGAAGUCAACUUUCAGGAUGCUCUGCACCCUGAGGUUCUUGAACUGCUCCUUGAUUAUGCAUAUUCUGCUCGUAUUAUACUUAAUGAAGAGAAUGCUGAGUCCCUCCUAGAGGCAGGAGACAUGUUACAGUUUCAUGACAUUAGAGACGCAGCAGCUGAAUUCUUGGAAAAGAAUCUCCAUCCAGCCAACUGUCUAAACAUGAUGUUGAUAUCCGAUGCUCACUACUGUGAGAGGUUGCUAGAGCUGUCAUGGAGAAUGUGCCUCACCAAUUUUGUUGAGUUGUCAAAAACCGAAGACUUCCUUCGACUUCCCAAACUAAAACUAAUGGAACUGGUUCUGAGUGAAGAACUUGAAGUAGAAGAUGAAAGUUUGGUCUAUGAGGCAGUGAUGGGCUGGAUUAAGUUUGAUUUAAACAUUCGUCUUGAUGACCUUCCAGACCUACUGCGAUAUGUACGUUUGGCACUCCUACCCGAUCAAUAUCUCCGAAGCUUGGCCACUGAUGAGCUAGUAGUUCGGAACAAGCUAGCAAAAGAGAUUGUUGAAGAGGCCGCACGAUGCAGAACCAAGAUUCUUCAGAAUGAUGGUGUGGUGACUGGUUUUUGUGCUCGCCCCCGAAAAGUUAGUCAAGCUCUACUUUUGCUAGGUGGGCAGACUUUCAUGUGUGACAAGAUUUAUGUAAUGGACCAAAAGACUACUGAGAUAAUUCCCAAGACUGAUAUUCCGAGUCCACGCAAGGAAUGCAGUGCUUGUGCCAUUGGCUGCAAAGUGUAUGUUACAGGUGGAAAAGGUGCUGAAAAUGGAGCCUCCAAGGAUGUAUGGGUUUAUGACACUCUUCACGAUGAGUGGUCCAAAGCAGGGGCUAUGAUUGUGGCUAGGUUUGGUCAUGGUUCUGCUGAGCUUGACCAUUGUUUGUAUGUUGUUGGAGGACAUACUGCUAUGGCGGGGUCUUUCCCAGCAUCCCCUUCAGUGUCACUAAAGCAAGUGGAACAUUAUGAUCCUCAGACUGACAAAUGGUCCCUGGUUGCCCCGCUACGGGAAGGAGUUAGCAAUGCAGCUGUAGUGGGAGCCAAACUCAAACUUUUUGUCUUUGGUGGCACUAGUGUGAACAGAGAAAAACUCCCCAAAGUUCAAUGCUUUGACCCUCUUCAAAACAGAUGGACAGUGGCUGCCACCUGUCCACAACCCUGGCGUUACACUGGUGCUGCUGUUCUCGGAAAUGAUGUAAUUGUGGUUGGGGGGGACACUGAGUUCUCUGCUAGUUCGGCAUACAGAUUCAACAGUGAGACCUAUCAAUGGUGCCGAUUUGGUGAUGUGUCCUCUAAGCGGAUCAGUUGCAGGGCAGUGGCUUCUGGAAACAGACUGUAUGUGGUGGGAGGUUACUGUGGUGCUCAGAGAUGCAAGACCUUGGACUGUUAUGACCCUUCAACAGACACAUGGAGUAGUGUGACCACUGUGCCCUACUCCUUGAUUCCAACUGCAUUUGUCAGCACAUGGAAGUAUCUUACGGCUUAAGCACAAAAGGUUUAUCUGAAGACAUGGAACACACCACACAGCCAUGGAACCUUUUUUUUUCAAUUGGAAUUUUGAUAUUGAUCACAUAGACCUGAAACAGCUACAGUGGAUUCUGUGAUAUAAAUUAACCCAGUUUAAAGGGGUUUCUUACAAUGUUACUGACAUGGUAUUUUAGUUUUUCACAUAAGAGUCUUGAGUGGACUUUCACUCAGAAAAACAAUCAUCAUUUUAUAUUAAAAUGCUUUUUUUUCAAAAAACUUUUUUUAAUGUCCAUAUAACCGAAUCUCACAGAUUUUACAAUUCCCAUCCUUUUCUUGGUAUUCCGUUUAGUUCAUAUUAUUAAAGCAGUCAAAAACAGAGGGAGAAAUUAUUUAUAUACCAAUGGGAGGAAAAUACUUUGUAUGAAUAUUUUUCUUUUCUACUUUGCAUUUUCUGUGUUAUCCUUAAACAAUUUGCAAGCAUUUGUAUGCGAUAUGAACAGUAUCCAGUGCUUGAGGGAAACUUGCAGAACAUUAUAAUUUUACUUAUGCAAAGAUAAACAAAUGAAGAAACUCUGCUCAGUUAAUCAUUAAUAUCCUGGCUUAAAAGGUGGCCUCCAGCACUGGAACGUGACGUCUUUGUUUUAUGAGCGUGGACACUGACCAAACACGUUGUACUGUAUUUUAUCAGUCAGUCCUUUGUGAAAUGUUAUUGUUUUGUGUUGUAUAAAGAAAAAUUACUAACAACAAA